AUGCCUCAUAGCACAGAUCCUGUGAUUCCCAGCGUGGUCGAUUCCAGAGCCACUUUCAAACGCGCAUUUCUCGAAUGGUCGUCUCUCGCACAAACAGCCAAAAUAGAUCCACAGACAGUCUGUGACCAUUUAAGCCUCAUUAAGACUGCAUUUCCAGACCAUCCUGCAUUCCCAGUGGGUCUGAACAUCAAGGAAUCCCCCGGCUCUCUGUCGGCAACCGGCUCGUCUUCAUGGGCUGCCACGGUUGCUUCAAUCAGUCAUAACGAUCUGCCAGAUUUUCGGCAAUUUCAUGAGAUCACAGUCACCGAAUCCAAGCCUACAAAAUGCUCCUUCACUAGAGACCGAGAAGUUGGCUACUGUCAAUGGUUUGAGGGCCAAGACAGUCACCUCACUAUCUUGAUCCUCGCAUGGGCUUAUGUGUUGGCUGCCAGAUGGACAGAGAUUAUCCCAGGAGCCAGACCGAUUCGUUACACAGAAAGUCGAUUAAAUUCAGUCACCAAUCGUGGAAAAUUCAAUGUCAGUUUGGGAAGUGCCAGUGCGGAUGCAGCGCGAUGGUGGGAGGCUGUCUUGGCUCCAGGGCAAGGCUGGUUAGCCACUGUUGAGUCUGGGGAUGACGAACUGCACUCUCCUUGGUCGGUUCUGCUGUCUUCGAGGGCCAAGUUCAGCGUGUCAUAUUCCGAGUCUGAAUCUGCCACUGGAGCUGUGGCAACAUUCACUACGGCCCUGCACUACCUUGCCGAUUAUUGUGCCACCCACGACCUGGCGGACCAGAGCCGGGCAGCUCUGGCGACCGUCUUGUGCCUUCCUCAUGCCGCGUUCAUUGGAAGGCGUGUCCAUCUCCCUUCCCCACAGAUAAUGAGCGAUACGAAGAGACUCCCUAUAGAGCCGCUGAGACGAGAGCAAAGUCGUUAUGAGUGCUCUACGUCCCAACUGGACAAGCUCCUCACCUUGAGUUGUAACACAAAAGGUCUCACAGCCAUACUUCUGAGCCUCUUUUUCGAUCACGAAGUCCCUUGCAAUCUUGCCAGUCCUUGGUUACAGGGCAUAUUCUCUGCUUUGGACAGAGUAUCUGAUGAGACCUGCCUGCUACUGCAGACCUUGAUGAAUAAACAGCCAAAAAUUGGGUUCCUUUGGCUCGGAGCCACAAUCCUUGGAACUCAUUCUCAUCUUUUAGAACUGGCUCGCCGUGGAAGCAUGGAGGUGGAAAUACUUUCCGCAGUAUGGACAAACACUUCACAGACCUUUAUGCAGUUUCCAUUGACCGGCGUGGCCCGGUCUGGGCGGAUUAAGCGUGAGGACGAGUGCCGACUUGCCUAUCUAGCAAUGGAAAGCUAUCAAUAUUAUCUUCCCAUGUGCCCAUGGAAGCCCUUUGGAAGCACGGCUUUGGAAGACACAGAUCUGGACGUCAGAAUUCACGCCAAUUGCCAAGGGCAUGGGCUUAGGUAUGUUGGCUGGGCUUGGGACUACUUGGACGACGACCUUGCAGUGGAACGGAAGUUCCAUGAAAAUGGAGGCGCUCUAGAUGUGGAUAUCAAGUCUCAGCAGAAUCUUGUUACGAAUCAGCCCAGUCACUCGAUACCCUACGAGAAAUUGGAUCUGCAUGAUGAUGGACCUUCGUGGAAGGCGACCCUCAAUAUCUUCAUGUGGCUCCGUCGAGACGGCUUCCCGUCAUCUGAGCAGUACAUCCGAAGGCACGAAUGGUUAUGUGAUGUUCUCGAUGACGAAGAAGAGGCCGCGUACGAAUCCUGGACUGAUGAAGAGGAUGUCGUUGCUUCGGGGAGACGGAGAGCCAAAUCGAGUGCCCCGAAGCCCAAAUUGGGUCAGUGGCUUGCUUCGACAUAG